CGAGUCUCUUGCCGUACACAUUCAGCUCCUCGCCAUGGGUCAGGCAGCCUCCUCAACAUCCACACCCACAUCAUGUCCCGUGCCACACGCAUCGCAGCCUGCAGCAUGCCCCAUCCAGCACGAGACACGCGCAUCCACCUCGUCCGCACCCGCGCAGUGCCCAAUAAGCCACGACCCCGCACCCACACAAUGCCCGAUCAGCCAUGAGAACGACGGCCUCAAUCCGCUGAAUCAGAUGCCUACGCUCUCACAGGCACCCGCUGCGCAUCAGCAAGUUGCGCUGCCCACUGCACGCUCGGUGUCCUCUAUCCCUCGCGACGACGAAGUGAAAUGGGAGUAUCCUUCGCCGCAGCAGUUCUACAAUGCGCUCGUGCGGAAAGGUUGGGAGACCCCCGAGGAGCACGUCGAGACGAUGGUGCAAAUCCACAACUUCCUGAACGAGCAGGCAUGGAAUGAGAUCCUGAGGUGGGAAAGGAAGGAGAACCCAGGUGAGGACCCACAACUUGCAAAGUUCAAGGGCCGGCCAGGCGAACUCUCGCCGAAGGCUCGCUUCUGGCUAUUCGCAGGAUGGCUCCUACCAUCGAGAUUCAACACGGAGCCACCUUUUGACCGACAUGACUGGAUUGUCCGUCGGAGAAAAACGGGCGAGGAAGUACGUUAUGUGAUCGACUACUACUCCGCCCCUCCAGAGCCAGACGGCUCUCCGGUAUUUUCACUAGACGUCCGUCCCGCACUGGACAGCGUCGGCAGCGUGAAGCAGAGGAUUGCUGCUGCUACGGAGGAUGUGUGGUCAUCCUUUAAGGACGAUAGCCCGGCCGGCGUUACCAGAAGUGCAUGAUGUCGCCGUGCUCCGCCGGGCGCACCUGCUUCGCAUCACCCCCCCUCAGCCUGUGAUUCACUUCCACGGCCGCAACUAUAGAGAUCGCCUCGACAAAAACUAUCUUAUAGCAUGGAUGUCUUAGAUAGGUCUUCAGCAUCCUGUAAUGUCAUUACAUACCAUCCACG